GCUUCUUAGUGUGUCAGUCAAAUAUGGCAGAUUUGUAAUGAUCAACACAAAUAUAUGAUAGUGUGUGUGAAGAAGGAUUCCUCUGCAGAAAAUCUAAAAAUAAUACUAUUCAUACCUGGUAAUUCUUGAUGAGAAUCUAUCAUACCACAAAUCGAACACCAUAGCACUCAUUUCACCAAAAACUGCGGGAUGAAAUUGAAUAAACACAAUUUUUCUUUGCCUGCUGUGAUACUCGUCGAAUCCGUUUCAAAUACUUCUUCUUCUUGGCGUCAAAACACACUCCAGCGAACACAAUUUUGAUCACUAAAUUACCAAACUUAAAAGUAUCAUACAGCUCACAUAAAGUAUUACGACAAAUAAAACAUGCCAAAAAACUAUGUCAGCCACUUUUUUAUUCUAUUUAUCGAUAAUUAGCUCGGAAUUAUCAAACUAAACAUCACGCUCAAAUUCUAAGUUUCUUUUUUCGUUUUAUUUUCACCGUACACUGCAUGCAGUAAUGUGGGUAGAAAAUCAUUGAUCAUCAUAAACAGUGAUGUCAAAAACAUUUUGAUUCAAGCUUAUGAAUAUUUGAAAAAAAAAUCAAAUUAAUUCUAGUACAAACUGAAAUAUUCAAUGAAAAAAAUACUAUUCAUUUGUUUUAAUUUUAUAUUGAAAAUAAAAACAAUGUUUCCCUAGAAACGCAUUCGAAAUUCAGUAAUUGAUUUCGGUUGCGCAAAAAAAUACAUGUACAUAUUGGCAACACUAGCUACAACUGAGAAUGGUAAACAAAAACAAGACCGUCUGUGCAGCGCGUAAACAAAACAGUUACGAAAGAUGCCGCGAGUAUCCAAAAAACGGAAAGCAGCGAUUCUGCGCUGCAUCCAGCGGAAGAAAAGGACGAUGGAUGAAGAUCGGGACCAAAUUCGAGCUAGUGUGGGACCAGCCAACCCAGAUUUGAUGGAAAUUGGGCAGCCAGAUGGACCAAAUGAAGGUAGGUUUUCAAUUCCAUUCAAUGUUGUUGGAAACAUUUACGUUUCUUACACGCAAGAAUUGUAUUGUCAUCACGGUAUGAAACAACCUCGAUUUGUUUUUCAGAUCAUUACCUGGACUGCUUUGAAAUGCCAAGCCCUUGGCCAAGCCCAUGUUCGUCGCCGGAUUCCUAUUCAGAACCAGAUAUCAUUCUGCCCCCCUCACAGGACGGAAACGAAACUGCGUCUACUGAGCAAUUACAUGCAUACGCAAGUAGCCCGGCAGAUUUACGAUCGAUGGAUUAUGAUGAGAUGCCGUUACCUGAAAUGCCCUUCAUCGGUGUGUUAGAGACUGGUUGGUCGGAAAACAACGGCAUUGACUUUCCAGAAGUUUCGCCCACCACCUCUCCAUCACCGCAUCUUCAAGUCUUAACAUGUGCAGAAGCGCCGUGUCAAGGUUCUGACUGGUCGGUCAUUCGGCACACUGAGUUACCUCAGAAUGACCUCGAAGACAAUCUAUGGUCAGCGUGUAGCGUGGAUGCAAGUGUUUCAACGGGAUUAUGCUUUGAACCUUCGCUACUGUCACCAAUUCUUGCUACAACAUCCGAUAUCGAACCCCAAUCACCGUUAUCACCUUGUUCCAUCACGAGAGGCGAACGUGCAUCUACACCGCUGCCUUUGACCAACUCUUACGAUUAUCAGCACGGUUCUAGUAGUCAUUUGCAAAUCAAAGAUAAUUGUGCAAACCCGCUGGUUAAUUUGACGGCGACUACUUCGACGGGGACGCUGAUGAAUAGCAACGUGAUAGAGCAAAACACUAACUAUCCUAUUGACAACCGAAGUGAAGAAAAACUCGUUGGAACUAACACAUUUCAGUCUGGCCGAAUCACCUUAACAAGGACAAAAACCACUAUAAUCAGUAUCCCAGGGAAGCCUCCCGGAGUCGAAGGUCUUGACCAUUUAGAUUGCUAUUGCGAGGCCUGCAUCAAAUGUGCUACACAUAACCAGUCAUCGUUGAAAACUGUCAGGAGCAGCCCAAAACUUGAAAUUCAAAAUGACGAUACAACCAAAUCAAAAAUGCUGGAUAUAUACGCAACGUUGAACAAACUAGAUUUUCCGACAGGGGUUCACGAUAGCAGCCGAUCGUUCGUAGAAACUGCUACGAAAUCCCCUCGGAAAACAGCAGCAACUGCGAAAAGGUAUGUAUGUGUGGUUAUUUUUAAAGUUCUAUUAUGUUGAUGUUUGGCACAAGAACAGAUUAAAGUACAUACCACAUAGGCUACACGCAUUGGCUUUAAACAGUAUGGUGUGAUUAUGUUGGAAUGUGAUAAAUCGCUGCUCUCCUGUACUGUCCGGAUAUCUUGUGAAAACCAGUCUUGCAGAGUUGUCCGGCAUUCUCACAAAAUGCCCUGCCCAUCGUAUCUUUCCAUUUUCAUUGGUCACCUUCUGGAUGCUGGCGUUCGCGGUUCCUCCUGCCUUCGUUUUUAACGCAUUCACCAUUAGUCCCACCUUUGCUGCUGAACGUUUUAGGUGGGUUUCAAUUCUGCCACCAAUAAAAAUGUUCUAGCAAUAAUAUUCAUGUCAUCCGCAAAACAGA